AUGACAAUUACAAUAGAGAAUGUUAUAGAAUUAAUAAAUGGAUUGAAUGAUCCAAAAUUGAAUAAACAUUAUGAAAAUAAAUUAGAAGAGAUUACCAACGAAAUUGGAUUUGGAGUUGUAUUAGCAAAGUUAGCAAGCGAUAAACAAUUUGAUAUGGUUCAUAGACAAUUUUCAGGUAUCCUAUUAAAGAAAUAUAUUAGUAAACAUUGGAAUGAAUUUAAUGAUUCUCAAUCUGAUGAAGAAGGUGAUGAUAAUUUAAAUGAACAUGAAAAAAUUCAAUUACAACAAAUGAAAUUACAACAACAACAACAACAACAACCAAAAGAAUAUAGAGUUUUAACAAAAGAAGAAAAAACCGAAAUUAAAAAAUUAUUAUCACCAUGUUUAUCAGAUCCAUCUUCAAAAAUUCGUACAGCAAUUGCAAUGUGUAUUGCGAAAAUUGGAGCAUAUGAAUGGCCACAUGAUUGGCCAGAAUUAGUUGACGAAUUAAUUGGAUGUUUAAAUAGAGUAAAUAAUAAUGAUACAAAUAAUAAUAAUAAUAAUGAUUUAUUACAUGGUGUAAUUAGAUGUUUAGAAUUAUUAUGUGAUCCACAAGAUGGUAAUAUAUCAGAAGAACAAAUUGAAAUAUUAAUUAAACAAGUUUAUCCAGUAUUUUCAGAGUUAUUAGGUAAAGAUAUUGAUCCAAUGAUUCAUAUUAGAAUUAUUAAUGUAUUUAGAUCAACAGUGACUCAUUUAACCUAUAUGAAGGGUGUAACCAAAGGUUUGUCAAAGGCAUUAUUUCCAUUCAUUUCAACAUGGGUACCCAUUUUUACGGGACAUUUAUCAAGGGUAUUGGAUUUAGGUUCACCACAUAUCAAUCAUUAUUUCACUAUAAUGUCAGCGAUGGUUGAGAUCUUCACAAUGUUAAUUCAAGAUUUCCCAAAGAAAACCUCGAAAUAUAUUCAAGAGAUACUACCACCAAUUUGGACACUCUUUAACAAUUGUUAUCCAAUCUAUGAAAAGGUUGAAAUCAAUCCAGUGCAUGGUAUAGUUUCUAAUUUCGUAGAGGAAGGUAUCACAAAGAUCGAUCGUUUAGUAUCAUCAAUCUUUGAUUUCAUGCAACAAAUCGUUUCCAAUCAAACAUUGGCACCAUUAUUCAAACCUUUUUUGAAACCAAUCUUUGCAAACUCUAUUCAAUAUAUGCAAAUGAACUAUGAAUUGGUUGAACUUUGGGAUAGUGAUCCAAAUUUAUUCUUAGAGAAUGAAGAUGAUACCACUUAUACUCCAAGAGUUGUCUCAACUUCAUUGGUUCAAUCAAUGUGUGAAACUUAUAAAUCUGAAGGUUCAAAAUAUCUCUUUGAAGUCAUUUCAGAGACAUUAAUAAAAGCACAAGAGGAAAAGAAUAAAAACAGCAAAAAUACAAAUUCAUGGUGGAAAAUUAGAGAGGCUGCAUUGGUUGCCCUUUGUGAUUCAUCUCAACAAUUAUCAAAGAUUAAACAAUUUGAUGCAGUUUCAUUCCUUUCAACCAAUUUAAUUCAAGAUUUUCAAGGUACACUCAAUGAGAAUGAUCAAGGAUCUUUGAUUUUACGUGGUCGUUCAUUGAUUUGUGCUAGUAAAUUUGCAAAAUUAGUCGAUCCUUCAAUUUCAUUACCAUUCUUUAACCAAGCAGUCGUUUUAAUCACUCAAAAUAUUCCAGUCACUUUGAAAUUAACUGCUGUUAUGGCAAUUGGUAGUUUUGCUCCAAAGAUUUCCGCUCAAUCCAUUGUAGAUUAUAUUCCAUCCACAGUUCAAGCAUUGAUUUCAAUGAUUAAUCAAUUGUCAGAGGAUAGUUUAUUAUUGGUGUUGGAUUGUAUUAAAAUGUUGGUUAAAAUCGAUAAGGAUAUCACUGGCAAAUUGGAACCAUUAUUAAUACCUCAUCUUUCACAAGCUUGGAUAAACUAUGGAAAUGAUCCAAUGUUUAGCGAUGCUUUGAAAGAGAUUUUCCAAAUCAUUUGUGCUUGUCCAAAAUCUUAUCCUGGUAUUUUACAACGUAUGAUUCCAACUCUAAAUAUCAUCCUUUCCGAUUACACAAACCCAAUGUACAAUCCUAUUGCCGAUUCCGCUGCCGAUGUACUCUCUCUAUUGAUUGCAAAUGUUGAUCAACAAAUUGAUUCAUUCCUUUUGGAUCAAUUGUUUUCACCAAUUUUAAAUAUUCUAUUAACUUGCGAUUGUCAAGCCAAUAGAGGUAUUCUCAAGGCAUCAUUAUGUACUCUCUUACCAUUCGUUUAUAAAACUUCAUCCGAUCUCUUGUUGAAAUGGACUUUUACUAGUGCUUCAAAUACUCAAUCUGCAACACCACCAACACCAACACCAACAACAACCACUAUCAAUGGUUUACAUGGUUUGUUUUUGGUUUUAAGACGUGUACUCUUUGAAACUGAUGAAUUGGUUCAUGUUGAAGUACCAUCAAUCAUCAGUGCUCUUUUAGUUAAACAUAGUGAAAUCAUUGGUGCUCAAACAGUACCAUUGUUUGAAUCUACACUUCAAGCAUUUUACAAUUGUAAAUUACCAUCAACAAAGAGAGCUUUCUCUUCAGUUUUCGCUCGUUUAAUCAUUCAACAUAAAACUACAAUCAUCGAUUAUUUAGCCGCUAUUCCUGGUCCAAAUGGUAAUGGUAGUGCACUUGUGUUUGUUUUAAAUGAAUGGCAAAAAUAUCAUUUAGAAAUGACAUCAAAACUUGAAAAUAACGUUUCAGUCGUUGCGAUGUGUACAUUGGUAUCUUUAAAUGAUCCACGUUUAGAAUCAAUCAAUAUUGAUGGUAGACAAAUCAUUCCAGAUCGUUCAACUCGUGAUAUUAGAAGAAAGAAAAGUCAAUAUAAUGGCGGUUUAAAUGAAGAAUGGACAAAAGUAAAUCUCUUUAACAAAAUAAUGGAAAAUCUUUUAGAGACUGUUAAAUUGGAGAAAGAGGAAUUAGCUAAAAAUUCAAAUGGUACUGCAAAUUCAACACCACAAGAUCAUCACGAUUCUGAUGAAGACUAUGAUGAUGAUGAGGAUGAAGAUGAUGAAGAUGAUGAAGAAACCACUUCAAAGAGAUAUCCAAAUGUUGAUGAAAAUGGUUUUGCCCCUGCUGAAGAAUACGCUCAUAUGAUCGAUUAUGCUGGUGAUGAUGAUAAUGAUGAUCUUGCCCAAUACUUACAAGAUGAAUUCACUGAAGAUGCCUUUGAAAUCAUUUCAAAAUCUGAUCCAAUCUAUCAUAUUGAAUUACUUAAAUAUCUCUCUGAUUUCUUUACAAAUCUUUCAAAAAAUAGUCCUUCAAUUUUUACAAUUGUUGCUCCACUUUUAAAUGAAUUUAAACUUCAAUCUUUUGGUAAUUAA